CCCCAGCGGAUGAAUGAAGCGGCGCGUGGCUGCCGGGGAGGUCAGAGCGUGGAGCGCAGCGCUGCGCGGCGGCCGAGCCGUCGAGACGGGGACGGACACACCAGCCCCUCGGAUACCACUUGGCCACUCCCACUGAGGCUACUCCCACUGCGUGGCUGAAGCCUCGAGGUCACCAGGCGGAGGCUCGGAGAUGCCCCUGCAUCAGCUGGGGGACAAGCCACUCACCUUCCCCAGCCCCAACUCAGCCAUGGAAAACGGGCUUGACCACACCCCACCCAGCAGGAGAGCAUCCCCGGGCACACCCCUGAGCCCCGGCUCCCUCCGCUCCGCUGCCCAUAGCCCCCUGGACACCAGCAAACAGCCCCUCUGCCAGCUCUGGGCCGAGAAGCGUGGCGCCCGGGGGACCCAUGAGGUGCGGUACGUCUCGGCCGGGCAGAGCGUGGCGUGCGGCUGGUGGGCCUUCGCACCCCCGUGCCUGCAGGUCCUCAACACGCCCAAGGGCAUCCUGUUCUUCCUGUGUGCAGCUGCAUUCCUGCAGGGGAUGACUGUGAAUGGCUUCAUCAACACAGUCAUCACCUCCCUGGAGCGCCGCUAUGACCUGCACAGCUACCAGAGCGGGCUCAUCGCCAGCUCCUACGACAUCGCCGCCUGCCUCUGCCUCACCUUCGUCAGCUACUUCGGGGGCUCGGGGCACAAGCCGCGCUGGCUGGGCUGGGGCGUGCUGCUCAUGGGCACGGGGUCGCUGGUGUUCGCACUGCCCCACUUCACGGCUGGCCGCUAUGAGGUGGAGUUGGACGCGGGUGUCAGGACGUGCCCUGCUAACCCCAGCGCGGCGUGUGCGGACAGUACCUCGGGCCUGUCCCGCUACCAGCUGGUCUUCAUGCUGGGCCAGUUCCUGCAUGGCGUGGGUGCCACACCCCUCUACACGCUGGGCGUCACCUACCUGGAUGAGAACGUCAAGUCCAGCUGCUCGCCCGUCUACAUUGCUGUCUUCUACACCGCGGCCAUCCUGGGCCCCGCUGCCGGCUACCUGAUCGGAGGUGCCCUGCUGAACAUCUACACGGAAAUGGGCCGACGGACGGAGCUGACCACCGAGAGCCCACUGUGGGUCGGCGCCUGGUGGGUCGGCUUCCUGGGCUCUGGGGCCGCUGCCUUCUUCACCGCCGUUCCCAUCCUUGGUUACCCUCGGCAGCUGCCAGGCUCCCAGCGCUACGCGGUCAUGAGAGCGGCAGAAAUGCACCAGUUGAAGGACAGCAGCCAUGGGGAGGCGAGCAACCCGGACUUUGGGAAAACCAUCAGAGACCUGCCUCUCUCCAUCUGGCUUCUCCUGAAGAACCCCACGUUCAUCCUGCUCUGCCUGGCUGGGGCCACUGAGGCCACACUCAUCACCGGCAUGUCCACGUUCAGCCCCAAGUUCUUGGAGUCCCAGUUCAGCCUGAGUGCCUCAGAAGCUGCCACCUUGUUUGGGUACCUGGUGGUGCCAGCGGGUGGUGGCGGCACCUUCCUGGGCGGCUUCUUUGUGAACAAGCUCAGGCUCCGGGGCUCCGCGGUCAUCAAGUUCUGCCUGUUCUGCACCGUUGUCAGCCUGCUGGGCAUCCUCGUCUUCUCCCUGCACUGCCCCAGUGUGCCCAUGGCGGGCGUCACAGCCAGCUACGGCGGGAGCCUCCUGCCCGAAGGCCACCUGAACCUAACGGCUCCCUGCAACGCUGCCUGCAGCUGCCAGCCAGAACACUACAGCCCUGUGUGUGGCUCGGACGGCCUCAUGUACUUCUCACUGUGCCAUGCAGGGUGCCCUGCAGCCACGGAGACGAAUGUGGAUGGCCAGAAGGUGUACCGAGACUGUAGCUGUGUCCCUCAGAAUCUUUCCUCUGGUUUUGGCCAUGCCACUGCAGGGAAAUGCACUUCAACUUGUCAGAGAAAGCCCCUCCUUCUGGUUUUCAUAUUCGUUGUAAUUUUCUUUACAUUCCUCAGCAGCAUUCCUGCACUAACGGCAACUCUACGAUGUGUCCGUGACCCUCAGAGAUCCUUUGCCCUGGGAAUCCAGUGGAUCGUAGUUAGAAUACUAGGGGGCAUCCCGGGGCCCAUCGCCUUCGGCUGGGUGAUCGACAAGGCCUGUCUGCUGUGGCAGGACCAGUGUGGCCAGCAGGGCUCCUGCUUGGUGUACCAGAAUUCGGCUAUGAGCCGCUACAUACUCAUCAUGGGGCUCCUGUACAAGGUCCAUGAAGUUGACCAAACGCCACACAGCCACGGGAGACACAGUGGCCACCCUGGGGCGUCUACACUGAAGGCCAAGGGCAUGUGGAGGAAGAGCCAUCUGAGCCGAGGCCUGGGGAGGAGCCAGCAGGCCAAGGAGGCGGAAGAAACCACGCAGUGGUGUCCAGGGCAGGGCAGGUGCGUCAUCCGGGCGGGAUGCAGAGACACGCCCUUCCACGAACCAUCUGAGGAGCACUUGGCACCCACACAAUGAGCCCGGCAAGGGCCACGCCAGGAAGCAGCGCACGGGGCAGAGCCUCUGAGCCAGAGAGGGGGAGGUCCCUCGGGAGGCCCCUGCCAUCCCCCACUCUGGGUGGGCCUCUCCAGCCAGACUCUGCGCCCCAAGGGCAGGGCUGGGCCUAAGCCACACCUCGGGGUGCACGGGCUGUGGGGGCCGCUUCUGGACACGGAAGGAUGACACCGGCUUCCCUGUACCUCUGCUGGGGCCGCGGGUCCCGUGUCGUCAGCGUGGCCACUAGGCUGCCAGCCUAGCACAGCCUCCAGGGCAGCCAUGGCCCAACCUGCCUUCCUAGCCUCAGGGGUAUCCCUGAGCACAUGGGAGUGCAGGAAAAGGUACCCCAGGGGAUCCCCACUCACCUCCCGGCCACGCCCUACCAGGCACUAGUGCAGCGCUGCAGCCACCCCCGGGCCUUACCCACCCCCACCAGCUUCAUUGCCUUCCAGGUCCCAAGCACCACCAGCUUCAUUGCUUUCCAGGUCCCAGCACCACCAGUUUCAUUGCUUUCCAGGUCCCAGCACCACCAGCUUCAUUGCUUUCCAGGUCCCAGCACCACCAACUUCAUGGCCUUCCAGGCUCUCAGCAGCAUAAGAGACCUACACACACACACACACAUGUGCACACAUACAUAGAAGGGGCUGACUCACACGCCACCCCAUAUGCAAGCCCCAGAAGCUGGGCGUCCACUGAGCAGCAGAGAUAGCCCAUCCCAGAGGGCAAGGAGGAUCCCUGGGGUCCCUACGAGGACACCUCACCCAGGUCCUGCCUGCGGCCCCCCACGAGGCCCCUUUGGGAGGGAGGCUGCCCCCUACACCACUCAGUGCUAGGACUUACCCAUGCACCCCCAGCCCUGUGCAACCCUGCCCGUGCACCAAUGACCCCACUCACCCCUGACCCUGCUCACCCCAACCCCGCUCACCUGUAGCCCCACCAGGUUCUUAAGCAAAAGCUCAGUCUGUGUGCACACAGCAAACACAAUUCUGCCUAUAUUUUCUCGGGGUUUGGGGCUCACAUUGGACACUGGAGGCUCUCUUGAGUGAGUAAGAGCAGCAGCUCAGGCUUUUGAAGGCAAAAUGGAAUGGACGCAGGGCCCAGGAGAUACCAACUGGGUGAGAGCAGGGCUCCAGAGCCAGCAGAUGGCUGGGGUGGGGGAUGCACGCCCCCUGCCACCCGCUCCAGCAAACCCGGUCCCCUGACUUGGGUUGUGUCCAGCAAUGGCUUUCUGGGCUGGAAGGCAGAGCUGCCAGGAGGAAGGAGUCCCUCUGCAAUGUCAGAAGCACCAAACACAGGGGAGACCUAACUUUCAGGGCCUGGGGGAAGCUGGGGUGGCCAGGCUGGUGGGAAGGAGAUAUUAACAUUUUCCGAGAAGCCCUUUAAUUCUUCCAAAUAAACCGAACGAGUACAAACCUCAGCAUGGAAGCACAUCUUUCUAGAAGCUGGAAAAGCAGACUCAUCACAAAAGCUCGAGCAAAGUUAAUUUUCUCUGACAUUUCCUCUUGUGGUCAGUCUUGGAGCCAGCAGGUGGCCGGAGGCGCCCCAUUCUUUCCCAUAAAUGGACGGUCUCUAAGGAAUCAAGUCAGGCCCUCAUCUCCAAACCCUCAUCCCAUUUUUCCCUGGCCUGCACGUGGCCAGCUGUGCCCCGUGCCUCGUAGGCCUGUCCCUGGCUGUGCCCCGCGCCUCAUAGGCCUGUCCCCGGCUGUGCCCCAUGCCUCGCAGGCCUGUCCCCGGCUGUGCCCCAUGCCUCGCAGGCCUGUCCCUAGCCGGCUGUGCUCCGUUCCUCACAGGCCUGACCCUGGCCGGCUGUGCCCCGUUCCUCGCAGGCCUGUCCCCGGAUGUGCCCCGUGCCUCAAAGGCCUGUCCCCGGCUGUGCCCCGUGCCUCGCAGGCCUGUCCCUAGCCGGCUGUGCCCCGUUCCUCGCAGGCCUGACCCUGGCUGGCUGUGCCCCGUUCCUCGCAGGCCUGUCCCCGGCUGUGCCCCGUGCCUCGCAGGCCUGUCCCUUGGGCAGAGUGGCUCCCUCUCUCCAUCAGUCCUUCCUCCAUCACACUGGUGCUCGUGCAGAAGCUGGGGCUCGCAGACAUCACCCUAGGCACUGAGGAUACCAGCUGCCCGAACGGACAGACGGACAGAUGCUCAGCCUCCUCAGGUGCUGGCCCAUGGCCUCCCAGGCUGGAUGAGCAGCAGGUCCCUAAGGGGGACGUGGCAGAGGGGACCCCAGCCCCAGCAGGGCCCAGCAAGCCGGGUGCCCAGCACAGCACUCACCUGAGCAGCCGUCUCCACCCCGCAUUGAGCCCCUCCUGGGGACUGCCCCUUUCCAAAGACGCCCUGGUCACCUUAGAUCCCCAGACCCUCCGGAAGGCGACCGCCAUGCCUUAAUAACGUGCGGGGGCUGAGGCGGAGCCGUAGGGAUCCUGCCAAGCUGCCCGAUUCCUUGUGUUCCUGGCAGGGGGAUCCACAUCAUCCUCACCCCACUCCACGUGUGGGACGGGGCACCCAGGAGUGUCUGGGGCCGAGGAAGGGGGUGGGCCUGAGGGAACCCCGACCUGCAGAAAUAAUCAUGGAAGGGGUGGAGCAGAUGCGGGGGACCCGCGUCCCCACCCUCACCCCCAGGGGCUGAGCCGACGCCUGCAGCCAACGCCUGCACUCCUGUUCACAUGGGCUUCCCUGGCCUCUGCGCCUGCUUUGCGCCUGCGUGGCAGGUGAACGACCCCAGCCCCCUUGCCUGGCGAGUGGGCCUGUCUGUCGUGGAUUCCCCAGCUGCACGGUGCCUCGGGUGCCCGCGAUGGUCCUGGCCCCCUCCCUCGCGUCGGCCACCUCUCUGCUCCAGCGGUGCUUCCUGUGUGUCCUCCCAGUAAACCUCCUGCCCCUGACCCCAGUCUCCCCUCUGUCUCAGGGGCCCACAGGGGGACAGACAACCUCUGGGUGUCCGACGUCUCAUCAAGUCCUUUGAUACUCCAGGGGAGUGGGGUUGACAGUUUUCCAGGGAAGGACGGAGCUCAACAGAGGGUGUCACUUGCACAAGGUCACCACAGGCUCUGACCCCGCAGCCAAGGCAGGCUCUGCAGGAGCCCCGGGAAUCCCAGCCACAGAACAGGAGGGAGCUGCAUGCUCUCACUCCACGCCCGCCCUCCACCGAGCCGCAGGCCAGAGCCCUGGCUGUGCUAUUACUCACUAUUAUCUCAGAUUUACCAUUCAUUUUACCAGGAGAGAAACUGCGAAAGGAAAUUAACAUUUCCAUACUCUGCAGCGAGAUACUUUCAUGGACGCAUUCUGAGAUUUAUUCUUUAAUAAUGGAAAGGAAACACCCUACUGGCUUCCAAUUCGGGGCCUGACAGUUCAUCCUAUUCCAGGCAGAGAAC